UUGUCAUUCUGACAGUAUAAUUUUGGCCGGUGUAUGUUCAAACGAUUUGAAAAUCUUGUUUGACGAGGAGUUGCUCCAACAAUGCUUACUUUAUGUCAGUUAUGAACAGAAAACGGGCCCUUAUAUCAGACACGUUUAAAGUGAAGAAACGAAGAAUUGGCAAUGAGAAGCAGUUUGGAGCUGUCAACAAUGGAGAAGAGGGACCACUGGACGUCAAAGCCACCCUGCAGGACCUUAUGACAUUAUUCCCACGCAAACUCUUCAAUGACGCCCUUCCACAAAUUGUCCUAAAACACCAGCUCUACAGCAUACACAAUGAUAGGACCCAAGUGGACAGGCAGCUGAGUGACUUGAGGGAACAGGGGGAGCUGUUGAUGUUCCAGUUGGGCUUUGACGCUGAGGCCUUUGGGUUGGUGUUCGCUGCAGACUACAAAGCUAAAGUCCUGGCCGGGGAGGAGGGGAGAGGGACACGGGGCACAGUGGAGAAGUUCCUGGAGAAAGUGCUGCCCUCUUGCAACGACCUGAGCUUCAACAAAGACACAAUUCUCAAGGAGUUUCUCUUCACAGACUCAGAGAUAACGCAACUGGUGAAGUCGGGGGUUCUGACUGUAAGGGACGCUGGCAGCUGGUGGCUCUCCAUCCCCAACUCUGGCAGAUUCACCAAGUACCUAAUACAGGGUCGUAAAGCUGUUUUGGGCAUGAUUAAGAAGUCCAAAUAUAAUGAAGUCUUAAAGGCAGAGCUGGAGGAGAGACAGACCAACUCACAGGUUAAAUUCCAGAUCAAGUACCACAUCCAUGACAUCAUUGGUGCAGAGCUAGUAGAGUGUAUACCCACAACUUCAGGAACAUUGUUACGGUGUGUGGACUAAUGAACUCAACUGACUGAAUGGAUACAACAACCUGUUUCAUGGAAGAAACCCUCAGAGCAACUGAACAUAAUGAGUGGCCAUGUUACACCAAAUUAACCUGUGGUUAAUCAUUUGUUAUUGCCUUGUUUUUGUGGAAGUUUUUUCUGCCAAUUGUACAAAGUGAAACCUUGUAGGUUGAUGAAAUGCCAAUGGUGUAAAAUAAAACCUUGUCUGGUUUGUAAA